AUGGCUUCCAUCUCAAACGCCAUCACCACGCCAUUUCUCCUCAAAGCGGUCAUCUGCUUGGGCAUUCCAGACAUUCUGGGUCGUGAAUCCCCGCUCCACUACAAUCAAAUCGCCGCAAAGAUCAAUCCCAGUGACCCCAACCCGGACGUUGUGCGGAGGAUCCUACAAUCUCUAGUGAGGAACAAGAUCUUUUGCGAGGAUCCCAGCGGUUUCUUCAGCCACAACAAUCUCUCGUCCACCCUUGUCUCCUCCAAGAACAUCCACGCAAUGGUGAUGCUCCAGACGUCUCAGCCAAUGGUGGCUUCCUACUCGGAGAUCCACAAGCUCGCCCUUGGAGGAUCCCAUGAGAGUGCGUUUGAGGUGGCAAAUGAAGGCAAGAGCUUGUACCAGUAUGCAAGCCAUAAUUUGGGCUUCAGCAAGAUGUUUAGAGCGGCAAUCUCGGAGACGUCUGAGCGUUUCAUGGGAGCUGCGAUUAAGGAGGCUCGCAAAGCGUUUGAGGGUAUCAAAGGUGUGAUCGUUGAUGUUGGUGGCGGGCAUGGCGCUUGUGUUCACAAGAUUGUCCAAGACUAUCCACAUCUCAAGGGAAUUAACUUCGAUCUUCCUGAUGUUGUUGCGGCUGCUCCACAAUAUCCAGGAAUUGAGCAUGUUGGUGGUGAUAUGUUCAAAGGUGUUCCUUCUGGAGAUGCUAUUUUCAUGAAGGCUGUUCUUCACAACUGGAACGACAAAAACUGCAAGCGAAUUCUUCAAAACUGCUACAAGGCACUUCCGGAAAAUGGGAAGCUUGUUGUUGUGGAGGAGGUGUUAGACCCAGCCGAGAAAAGGCCAGUUGACAUGGACGUUCUCAUGCUAGCUGCAAUUGGAGGAAAAGAGAGGAGUGAAAACGAAUGGAACGAACUGCUAGCUUCAGAGGGAUUUGCGAAUAUAAGCUUGAGUCUCACCUCUUCCAAUGACCUGCAAGUUGUUAUUGAAGCCUACAAAUGCACCUAAAGUGAUUUAGUUCAUUAGAAUAAGGUUGCGUUGCAAGGUUUGGUUUGUUUAUUUUGGGUUUCACAAUAAAACUCCUGACCACCAAUUUAAUCCUCA